AUGAGUGGGUGUGGUAGGAUGUCCGGGUGUGGAAGGGUGUGAGGAUAUGGGAGGGUGUGAGGGUGUACACGUGUGCGGGUGUUACAGUGACACAUUAUGCACUACACAGGGCCCUAGUAUAGGUUACAAUGGGGUGCGGAGCAUCCAAGACAGUAGAAGUGAUAGAGGAGGGGGAGGAGCUGGAGCCGGCCAAGACCCCAGCCACCUUGGAGAUUCAGGAUGACCUGACCAGCGUGCGCUCCAACACCCCGGAUCUGGAUUCCAAGCCUGUAUCCCCGCCUAUCCUGCCGCCCAUCGUGCAGACCAACGGCAUGGACGCCGCUGGCACGCCUCUAGAGGAGAGCCUUCCUCAGACUCCCGUCGAAGAAUCUCCGACCCAGUCAGCCGAUGGUCGACCAGUGGCCUUCGAGGUGGCACCCGUUGACCCUACCGAGUCUCUCAUCCGGCGACACCCGCCCAGGAAAUUCCAGAAGUUGGAGGAGCAGCAGCAGCAGCAGCAGCAGGGCACGUUCCUCACUCAGGAGAAGCUGGAAGAGAAGCAGGCAGAGGCAGAGAGGCGUCGGCAGGAGCUCUUGAGCCAGCGUGUUCAGAGUGCCAAGCAUCGCAGUGCUCGCAGUGCCGGCCGCAUGCGCUCUCGACCUAGUGACGGUGACGAGGUGGAGCAGUUCAUGAGGAUGGAGGAGCUGGACUGGAAGAGCCUGGUUUGCACCUCCCUUUUGCCGCCUGUGAAGCCAACCAAAGUGGCACCCAACCCAUCAUCCUCCCACCACCCGGCCGGCUACGCCUACCAUGUGUCCUCCACAGGAUGAUGGCAUUAUAGAGAGUGCUGCCACGUUCAACACUGAAAAUGAACUUUAAGAAGCAGAUGAUACCAGCAAACUCAUAUACCGGAGUGGAGGGUGAUGAACGCAGCUUCAUGAAGAACACAAGGUUGAGUUUUACCACAUUCUACAGACAUUACCUGGAGUUUACCUGGAGAAAGAAUAAUAUUUGUUUCAUCAAUACUAAAACAAAACUUAAGGUGCUGAUAUAUAAAUAUUGUGAAUUAAAGGCAGUCAACUGGAUGAGAACCCACAGUAAAGACUAAGACGGUAGUAGUAGAAACAUGACACAGAAGAACCUUGUAUUCUGUUUACAUUAAAAUCUAAGUUAAUUUUCAGACCUAGGUUAGGUUAUUCAUUAUUUCCCGUUGAAGAAUCUGUCAGCUCAGAUGUGAUGAAAAUAACGUGUUUCUUUAUAGCCUUGAUGCUGUUUAAUUAUAAAUGUUGACUAGAAAUACAUAGUAUGUAAAAAGGAUACCAAUAAAUAAAGAUGUUAAUGAAUAUAUGUACUCUUCCUCUCCAGUUCAAUGGUGAUCAUAAAUUAUCUUGGUUAUUAUAUUACCAAACUCAAAUUCAAUCAAUUUUUAAAGUGUACUUGUGAACUUCAUUACUAUUCAUGUGUAUAAUUUAAAACAUGCUAUAGUUUUGCUUCACAUAAAUACAUCUACUUUGUUUUCACUGACUGUGUAUGAAAAACUUGUUAUAAUUACACUAUAAAAUUGUCUAGAUUAUACAGAGCAGCUAAACAUUAUCACUAAUCCAAAGUUUUUAAAUUUUAAAUCAGUUGAACAAAUAAACUUAUAAAAUUUUAUUACUAUUAUAGAUAACUAUGUCUUAUACGUUAUUUCAUAAAAUAAUUCAUAAUUACAAUCAUCAGCAUCAAAUACAGUACGUGCAUUCAUUUUUAAAUAGGCAGAAAAUAUGUACCUCUGGUGAUAUUCACUGAACAAAAAAUCAUUCUCUUAUUCCUCGCUGUAAAUAAAACCACAGCACUUCGUUCAAUGCCAUACUCUCACAUUAUCACCCUAUAUAAUAAUACUUGUAUACCCAGCAUGCCUAUUAUGUGCAAGAUAAAUGUCCAUUAAAAGUGCCUGUCCCAUUAUCUUCAGCUGAAACCCAUGAUGACAGUUUGCAAUGAGUUUACGUGCAAAAUAACCCGUGAUUUUAUUUAUCUCUUGGGUAAUUUGAUCUUGGUGUUGUCAUCCUGUCUAUCCCUACCAGGAUACGGGAAUAUGAUUGGUAAUUCUGUGUACCUUUGUAUCUACAUAAUGUACACCCCAUCCUGCUGAAAUAUAUGGAAAUGUUUU